GGCGCAAUCACACUCGGAUACGAAAGGGAGUACAGGGAAGGCACCUUGGUUGCCUUCUGGUCUUGAGAGGAUCACUGCUUAGGAAUUUGGAACGUAUAGAGACAUGGCUUUCUUCUUCGCAGUGGCGGCGUGCGUCUGCGUCAUUUCGCUCGCCGUGUUGCUGUACGCAACGAGCAGGCUGAUUAGGGGAGGUGCUGACCAAAGCGGAGGCCCUGAGCAGAAGAAGCUCAUGCUCCCUCCCGGCUCCCUGGGCUUGCCGUACGUCGGCGAGACCCUGCAGUUGUACUCCCAGAACCCCAACGUCUUCUUCGCCUCCAGGGAGAAGAGCUACGGCGAGAUCUUCAAGACGCACCUGCUGGGGUGCUCGUGCGUGAUGCUGGCGAGCCCGGAGGCGGCGCGGGUCGUGCUGGUGACGCAGGCGCACCUGUUCAAGCCGACCUACCCGCCGAGCAAGGAGCUCAUUAUCGGCCCGCAGGCGCUCUUCUUCCACCAGGGCGACUACCACCUCCACCUGCGCCGGCUCGUCCAGGGCUCGUUCGGCCCCGACGUGCUCCGCGCCCUCGUGCCGGACGUCGAGGCCGCCGUGGCCUCCACGCUCGUCGCAUGGGACGGGCACGUCGAAAGCACCUUCCGCGCCAUGAAGAGACUCACGUUCGACGUCGGCGUCGUCACCAUCUUCGGCCGCCGGCUGGCCGAAAGGCUCAAGGAGGAGCUGAGGAGGAACUACUUCAUCGUGGAGGCAGGCUACAACAGCUUCCCCAACCCCCUCCCCGGGACUCGUUACCACAAGGCCGUCCGAGCGAGGAAGCGGCUGGGCGCGGUCCUGGGCGCCAUCAUUGCGGAGCGUCGGGUGCAGGGAGACCUGGGCGGCGACCUCCUGGGCACCCUCAUGAAGUGGCGCGACGACAGCGGCGCGGCUCUCACUGACUACCAGGUAACCGACAACGCCAUCGGGGUGCUGUUCGCGGCGCAGGACACGACGGCCAGCGUGCUCACCUGGAUCCUCAAGUACCUCAGCGACCACCCGAAGCUCCUCGAAGCCGUCAAGGCGGAGCAGAUGGCAGCCUACGAGGAGAACGAGGGCGGGAAGCUGCCGCUGACGUGGGCGCAGACGAGGGCCAUGGCCAUAACGCACAGUGUUAUAUUGGAGAGUCUGAGGAUGGCGAGCAUCAUCUCCUUCACGUUCAGAGAGGCCAUUGCCGACGUGGAGUACAAAGGGUUCCUGAUUCCCAAGGGGUGGAAGGUGCUGCCGCUGUUCAGGAACGUCCAUCACAGCCCAGAGUACUUCGAGGACCCACAGAAGUUCGACCCUUCUAGGUUCAAGGUGGCGCCGCUACCCGGCACGUUCCUGGUGUUCGGGAGCGGCGUGCACGCGUGCCCCGGGAACGAGCUGGCCAAGCUCGAGAUGCUCGUCCUCGUCCACCGCCUCGUCACCGGCUACAGGUGGGAGGUGGUCGGGUCGAGCGACGAGGUGGCGUACAGCCCGUUCCCCGUGCCGAAGCUCGGCCUCCAGGCGAAGCUGUGGAAGGAUACCGCCGGCGCGGAGGAGAACUGCACCCCCGCCCCCGCUGCCGCCGCCGCUGCGGCAAGUGGCUGAUAUCCGUUGCCUUUUGGGAUCUCCUGGUGCUCCGAUCCUCGGACGAAGCAAAACCAGCACCAGGGGGAGGGGACCGAGUCACGUGGCAGCUUUUCUAUUUCCCAGUAUACGUUUCGUGUCGGAUAAUGGUCGGUGAUAAUGUGGAUCAUCCUGGUCAUGUGCUCCUUGUUGGUUUAUCAGUUAUAUUAACUGAUCAACCAAUCAUUGGAAGUAUGGAUGGCAGUGUGUCAGUAGUCGGUACUGUAAGGGCAGGCACCUCGGCUGAUCGCCCACGUCAAUAAGCUACCCUUAUGUCCCCGCAAGCUUUGAAGUCAGUAGCAUGCAUAAAACCA